GUGCACAAACCCAUGUGUAUCCUUAUGACAGAAGAGUGAAAGCUUUACGAGUCAUCGCAAGGGUCAUGAUAUAAAUUGAUUUUAUUAUUUUAAGUUGUUUUUUUUAUUCCCUCUAACGCGAACCUAUUAUUCUAUGGAGAUACCGUGUGUUUUACGUAGCCUCGGGUCUUGCAGAAGGGCACUCUUGGGAGUGUUGAGACAGGCAGGGACAGUCAGAGGUUGCAGUUUGUACUCUCAUGUUGGUCGGGGAGUUAAAUCAAGAUGGACCCACAGAUCUUUAUUGGGUUACACCAGGAGACCCAUCUGCAGCGGUGGAUCAUUUCGACUUUCAUCCACUGAUGCAACACAAGCCACGUUAUCCAGCGUAGCUCCUGUAUUUUCUAUUGUGAAAUUUGACACAGAGGGAAACAUCAUGUCUUUUGAAAGGAAAAAAACUGAAUUGUACCAGGAGUUAGGUCUUCAAGCUCGAGAUUUAAGAUUCCAGCAUCUGAUGAGUAUCACCUCUAGGAAUAAGAGGAUUAUACUAAGAAUGGAGUUUCUAAAAGCUGUUAUAACCUCUGAGUAUCUUCUGAUAUUGGAUUAUCGGAACCUCCACUUGGAUCACUGGUUAUUCAGAGAACUUGCCCCCCAGUUAGCAGGCGAAGGUCAACUGGUCACCUAUUCCUUGCCUUUUGAAUUCAGAGCUUUAGAAGCUAUUCUGCAGCAUAGGAUGAGCACUCUUCAGGGAAGACUUCAGUAUUUGCAACCUUAUAUCCUGGAAACCUUGGAAGCUUUGGUGGAUCCCAAGCUACUGUCCAUAGACAGGAGCAAAUUGCACGUUUUGCUGCAAAAUGGAAAAAGCUUGUCAGAAUUGGAAACGGACAUUAAAGUUUUCAAAGAAACAAUACUAGAAAUCCUCGAUGAAGAUGAAUUAAUUGAGGAUUUGUGUCUCACCAAGAUGGCAUAUCCUCAGGUCCUUGAAGAGAGCGCUUCCAGAAUUGACCAUGCAGAGGAAAUGGAACUGCUUCUGGAGAACUAUUAUAGACAAGCAGACGACCUCGCCAAUGCUGCCAGAGAGCUCAGGGUUCUGAUUGAUGACUCUGAAAGUGUCAUCUUCAUCAACCUGGACAGCCAUCGCAAUGUAAUGAUGAGACUGAACUUACAGUUGACUAUGGGGACUUUCUCACUCUCUCUUUUUGGCCUAAUUGGGGUUGCAUUCGGAAUGAAUCUGGAGUCUUCAUUUGAAGAGAAUCCUCAAGUAUUUUGGUUGGUUACUGGAAUAAUGUUUCUGGGAAGUGGAUUAAUCUGGCGACGCUUACUUUCAUUUCUUGGAAGACAUCUGGAGCCGUCUUUACCCCCUCCGGUCCCAUCACUGCUAAAGAGGCCGUACCCUGUGAGCGGAAGAGUUGAAACCAGGAAUGGGAAUAAACUGGAAACAUUUGUGUCGAAUAGGAGUAACAUGUCUGGCAGAUAACCCUCAGCCCACAAAUGUAUACUGUGACUGUUACAAUGACAUAUUACCUCUGAGAGGGAAGUCGGCAGUGGAUCAAGUGGACUUUCAAGAAAUUCAACUUCAUUUAAUAUCCUCAAAUCAUUGCAUGGGGUUUUAACACAGUGUCCAUCAUGGUCAGCCCUGUUGUCUCAGGAUAGCAUUGCACAACGUGUCUGGCUUCCCUUCAGCUGCACGCGGUACCUACUCAGGAAUAACACUUAACACACCACGCUGU